AUUGACCAAUAGGCGGUCGCAGAGAUAGCGGCGGGGAAAUUCAAACCUGUUUCCGGAAAGGGAUUUGGGUUCCAUCUUUUCUUCUCCUCAGCUUGGCUUCUUGUAGAAAUGGAGUCUGAGGAUUUAAGUGGCAGAGAAUUGACAAUUGAUUCCAUAAUGAACAAAGUGAGAGAUAUUAAAAAUAAGUUUAAAAAUGAAGACCUUACUGAUGAGCUAAGCUUGAAUAAAGUCUCUGCUGAUAGUACAGAUAACUCAGGAACUGUUAACCAAAUUAUGAUGAUGGCAAACAACCCAGAGGACUGGUUGAAUUUGUUGCUCAAACUAGAGAAAAACAGUGUCCCCCUAAGUGAUGCUCUUUUAAAUAAAUUGAUUGGUCGUUACAGUCAAGCAAUUGAAGCACUUCCUCCAGAUAAAUAUGGCCAAAAUGAGAGUUUUGCUCGAAUUCAAGUGAGAUUUGCUGAAUUAAAAGCUAUUCAAGAGCCAGAUGACGCACGUGACUACUUUCAAAUGGCCAGAGCAAACUGCAAGAAAUUUGCUUUUGUGCAUAUAUCUUUUGCACAAUUUGAAUUGUCACAAGGUAAUUUCAAAAAAAGUAAACAACUUCUUCAGAAAGCUGUAGAACGUGGAGCAGUACCACUUGAAAUGCUGGAAAUUGCUCUACGGAAUUUAAACCUCCAAAAAAAGCAGCUGCUUUCAGAGGAAGAAAAGAAGAAUUUAUCAGCGUCUACAAUAUUAACUCCCCAAGAAUCAUUCUGCAGUUCAACUGGGCAUUUACAGAAUAGGAACAUCAGCUGUGAUUCUAGAGGACAGGCUACUAAAGCCAGGUUUUUAUAUGGCGAGAACAUGCCCCCACAAGAUGCAGAAAUAGGUCAUCGGAAUCCCUUGAAACAAGCUAACAAAACUAAACGGUCAUGCCCAUUUGGAAGAGUCCCAAUUAACCUGCUAAAUAGCCCAGAUAAUGAUGUGAAGACAGGUGGUUCAGUUGUGCCAAGUUUUUUAAAAAGACAGACCUCUGGAUCAGAAUGCCGAGAUGUGAUUGUACCUGGAUCUAAAUCAAGUGGAAAUGAUUCCUGUGAAUUGAAAAAUUUAAAGGUAUUUCAAUUUUUAAAUCUUUAUAGGAAGCAAGGGCUUAGUUUUAUUAUUGUCAAAUACUCUUACUUUUUAAUGGCAUCAACAAUAAAUACAUUUUCAGAAACUAAAGAGCACCAAGAAACAAAGGUUCCAGAAGUUAACCAGAAACAAUGGCAUUCUAAGAGAAAGUCAGAAUGCAUGAACCAGAAUCCUGCCACAUCUUCAAAUCAGUGGCAGAUUCCGGAGAUAACCCGAAAGGUUCAUACAGAGCAGAAACAUGCCGCUUUUGAGCAACCUGUUUUUUCAGUUUCAAAGCAGUCACCACCAAUGUCAGCACAUAAAUGGUUUGAUCCAAAAUCUAUUUGUAAGACACCAAGCAGCAAUGAUUUGGAUGAUUACAUGAGCUGUUUUAGAACUCCAGUUGUAAAGAAUGACUUUCCACCUGCUUGUCAGUUGUCAACACCUUAUAGCCAACUUGCCUAUAUCCAGCCGCAACAGCAAAUACCUGUUACUCCACUUCAAAAUUUACAGAUUUCAGCAUCAUCAAAAAAUGAAUGCAUUUCAGUUAAAGGAAGAAUUUAUUCCAUAUUAAAGCAGAUAGGAAGUGGAGGUUCAAGUAAGGUAUUUCAAGUGUUGAAUGAAAAGAAACAGAUUUAUGCCAUAAAAUAUGUGAACUUAGAAGAAGCAGAUAACCAAACUAUUGAAAGUUACCGGAAUGAAAUAGCUUAUUUGAAUAAACUACAGCAACACAGUGAUAAGAUCAUCCGACUUUAUGAUUAUGAAAUCACAGACCAGUACAUCUAUAUGGUAAUGGAGUGUGGAAAUAUUGAUCUCAAUAGUUGGCUUAAAAAGAAAAAAUCUAUUGAUCCAUGGGAACGCAAGAGUUACUGGAAAAAUAUGUUGGAAGCAGUUCACACAAUCCAUCAACAUGGCAUUGUUCAUAGUGAUCUGAAACCUGCCAACUUUCUGAUAGUUGAUGGAAUGCUAAAGCUAAUUGAUUUUGGGAUUGCAAACCAAAUGCAACCAGAUACAACAAGUAUUGUUAAAGAUUCUCAGGUAAGACUUUUAAAUUAUAUGCCACCAGAAGCAAUCAAGGAUAUGUCUUCCUCAAGAGAGAACGGGAAAUCCAAGUCAAAGACUUUAUAUGAGCACUAUAGUGGUGGUAACCAAAUGGCUAAGGGAACCACUGAAGAAAUGAAAUAUGUUCUGGGUCAACUUGUUGGUCUGAAUUCUCCUAACUCCAUUUUGAAAGCUGCUAAAACUUUAUAUGAGCACUAUAGUGGUGGUGAAAGUCAUGAUUCUUCAUCAUCCAAGACUUUUGAAAAAAAAUGGGAAAAAAAAUAAUUUGUGGCUACUCUUUAACUGUCAAAUGACACCUGUAAAAUAUAUUGAACUGUAAAUGCUCUUGAUUCCCUGUGGAAAUCUGCUGUUGAAGACAACUUCAUUCUGAAAUAUUAUCAGCAAAAAUAUUCAGUAGAUUAUCCUCAAAAGAAAACUUUAAAAAUAACAACCACUAAUGACACUGUACAUAUUAAAUUAUAGAAUUGGUUUUUCUGUUUUAUGUUUUCCUAUAGAUUUAAUCUAUUUGAUAUCAUUUCACACUUGGAAUAAUAGGUGGACAACUGACAUAUAUUCUGAAGAACUUUGUAAAUAAAGCUUUGUAGCAUAAAAUGACACUAAAAUUUCAAAGUUGUAAAGUUAUUUUAUUCAAGCAAAUGUAUUAUUGGCAUGGC